AUGCUUUUCUUCCUCAGCCACAUAAGAGACAUUUUCGCGCGCUCUCAUUCACGAAGCCAAGAGAUUGCAUUAUCACGCAGGGCGUUCUUCCGACUUCUAGGUUACCUUGCCAGCUGCGUGUUCUUCUCUUUAGCUGCACAGGGCCAUGUAUAG